AUGGCGAGCAGUCCAACCUCACAGGAAGGACGAAGUGGCAGUAGCGGAGAUGGCAUGGAGAGAGGGAGAGUACUACAGGAUAGUGUCUUGGGAUACUAUGGGGAUGUGAUGAGAGGAUACCCUUCACACCCCCGGAGGUGGGAGACCCUGCCCCGCCUAGAAGCCGUCGUGAUUGAUAAAGUUGUCACUGAUAGCCAAGCGCUGGGACCCAUGAGGUCAUUCAGCGCUGAAAGGGAAACUGAGAGUAAUAAGGAGGAAAACCUGAAGCAGUUGUGGUAUGAAACAAAUGCAAGGAGAGGCCUGAGGAAAGUAAGACGGAAGAAAGAUAAUAUGAACGGAGUGGCCUUCUGUUUUACUCCUCCUUUACCAGUCCUCGUGGAGGAGGAGGAGGAGGAGGAGGAGGAGGAGGAGGAGGAGGAGGAGGAGGAGGAGGAGGAGGAAUCCUAA